UAUAGCCUGGUAAUCUUCAUCCAAACAUAGAAAUCAAGCUCCAUAUAUUGGCAUACAGUACUCUUUUCGAAAUGGCGUUGAACUCACUACACUCACCCAUUUCCUUUAAAAGGUCACUAUGCUUAUUUCUCUUCCUAGUAGUACUUCUCAACUUCAAAAUGGCUUCUGCUCAGUUGUCCACAGAUUUCUACAACUCAACAUGCUCCAAAGCGCUCUCCACCAUCAAAGCUGCCGUCAUAAAGGCCGUCGUCAAGGAACACCGAAUGGGGGCGUCCUUGCUCCGCCUUCACUUCCACGAUUGCUUCGUUAAUGGUUGUGAUGCAUCUAUUCUAUUAGAUGACACUUCAAGCAUCAACGGAGAGAAGACAUCAGCGCCAAAUGUAGACUCCGUGAGAGGUUACGAUGUAAUUGACACUAUAAAGUCUAAACUCGAAAGUAUUUGCCCUGAGGUCGUUUCUUGUGCAGAUAUACUAGCCGUUGCAGCUCGUGAUUCUGUUGUUGCAUUGGGGGGCCCUUCUUGGAAGGUUGAGUUAGGAAGAAGAGACUCGACAAAUGCAAGUUUCACUGCGGCAAAUACCCAACUCCCAUCUUCAAUAUUGGAUCUUGAUGAUCUCAUAACUACUUUCUCACUGAAGGGAUUUACCGAAAAAGAACUGGUAGCGCUUUCAGGAGCUCAUACUACAGGCGAAGCUAGGUGCGUUAUGUUUCGAAACCGAAUCUACAAUGAGACGAACAUCGAUUCUUCAUUGGCAACAUCGUUGAAAACCAACUGCAGUUCAAGCACAGCUGAUGAUGACAACCUUUCUUCACUUGACGCCACAAGCCAUGUUAUAUUUGAUAAUGGUUAUUACAAGAAUUUGGUGAAGAACAAGGGGCUCUUGCAUUCGGAUCAGCAACUCUUUAGUGGGGGCUCUACAGAUUCUCUGGUCACCACUUACAGUGAAGAUGCUGAUGAGUUCUAUAAGGAUUUCGCCAAUGCCAUGAUCAAAAUGGGGCAACUCAGCCCGCUAACAGGGACCAAUGGUCAGAUUCGUACCGAUUGCAGGAAGGUCAACUAAUUUAAUGACUUUAGAUAUAUUUAAUAUAUAAUUAAUAAGAAUAUUGAAUAAACAAAAAUUUAUUAUUAUAGAGGUUUGUGAGAUUUUAUUCAAGUAGUACGUAUUUGCUACUCUCUAGCUAGCUAGCUAGUACUAGAGAUAUGGUGAAUUAAUGGUUGUGAUAUAUGUUGUUUUUCUUAGAGAUGUAAGGUUUGUCAUCUUCAGUUUUUGACUGUCUCGUUUGUGCGUGUUUAUUUUGUUAUUGAAAAAUUUAGCUAAUACUUACUAAGGUGUGAGAAUUAAUAGGCAUAAUAUAUAUUCGGAAGUUAAUUGCUAUAUAAAUAUGUAUUAUUGUAUUCUCAAAUAAUUAUAUUAAUGCAAUUUGUAAACACAUAUAUAUACAAGGGUCUUAUGUUCUUAUUA